GAGACUUGACACUGGUGCAGUUGGAUAACGUUCACAAACAGAGGGUUAGGUAGGCUGUCAGUAAGAAACCUUUCAGAGGUUAUUGUGGAGAUUGUCGCUGCUGGACGGGUUUAUUUAUGUUGUGAAAAGAGGACACGGACUCUCACGGGACUGUGAUUAAAAACCAUGGCUUCAGCCCCUCUCCUGAGACGAACGGAUUCAGCUCGGGGGGAUUUCUCUCCCCUGAAGCACUUUGUUGUGGCCAAGAAGACCAUCAGUGAUGUGUUUGAACAACUACUGGACUAUGUGAGAGAAAGCUCAGCAUUUGUGGAAGAAACCUAUGGGAAUAAAGCUUUGGAGAACAUUGCAAGCCAGGACCAAAAGGCAAAGAUUCAGGCAUAUGCCGAGAAGCUAGCUGUUAUUCAGGAGGUGCUGUCGCGCAGACACAUGAAGGUGGCCUUUUUUGGCAGGACGAGUAAUGGGAAAAGCACAGUGAUCAAUGCCAUGCUGAGGGACCGGGUGCUGCCCAGCGGCAUUGGCCACACCACUAACUGCUUCCUGAGUGUGGAGGGCACUGAUGAAGACAAGGCCUACCUCAAGACUGAGGGCUCUGAUGAGGAGAAGAGCAUCAAGACGGUGAACCAGCUGGCUCAUGCGCUCCACAUGGACGAGAGCCUAGACGCCGGCUGCCUGGUCCGUGUCUUCUGGCCAAAGACCAAGUGCGCUCUGCUCCGAGACGACCUGGUGCUUGUCGACAGCCCAGGAACAGACGUCACUUCACAACUGGAUAGCUGGAUUGACAAGUUUUGCCUGGAUGCUGAUGUCUUUGUUCUGGUGGCCAACUCUGAAUCCACACUUAUGAACACGGAAAAGCACUUUUUCCACAAAGUGAACGAGCGUCUGUCGAAGCCCAACAUCUUCAUCCUCAACAACCGCUGGGACGCCUCGGCAAACGAACCAGAGUACAUGGAAGAUGUGAGGAAACAACACACGGACCGUUGUGUCAACUUCCUGGUGGAGGAGCUGAAGGUGGUGGACCGCGAGCAGGCGCCCAAUCGCAUCUUCUUUGUCUCAGCUAAAGAGGUUCUCAACUCCCGUAUGCAGCGCGCACAGGGCAUGCCCGAAACCGGUGGCGCCCUGGCUGAGGGCUUCCAGGAAAGACUAAAGGAGUUCCAGAGCUUUGAGAGGAGGUUUGAGGAGUGUAUCUCGCAGUCAGCAGUGAAAACAAAGUUUGAGCAGCACACAAUCAGGGCCAAGCAGAUCACUGAAACAGUCAAGGGCAUCAUGGACGCCAUCAACAUUGAGGCGGCAGAGAAGAGAGUGGCAGCGCUCGAGGACAGGGAGUAUCAGAUGGACCGACUGGAAUUUGUCAAGAACCAGCUCAACCUGCUGAUUCAUGACAUUAAGAAGAAGAUCAAGGCCAUCAGUGAAGAGGUGGAAACAAAGGUGUCCAGCGCCAUGGGAGAGGAGAUCUGCCGUCUCAACGUGAUCAUUGACGAGUUCCACGCUGACUUCCACCCCUCACCUCAUGUCCUCAAGAUCUAUAAGUCAGAGCUCCUGUCCCAUGUGGAGGAGGGCAUGGGCAAAAACUUGGCCUUCCGCUGCUCCAACGCCGUCAACGCCUCUGUUCAAGCCUCUCAGAGAGACAUGAUAGAGUGCAUGCUCCCUCUACUUCCCUCUGCUGUCCAGAGCCAGAUCCACAUGCUUGUGCCCAGCCGGAAGUUUGAUCUGAGCUAUGACCUGAACUGUGCCACACUCUGCAGUGACUUCCAGGAAAACAUAGAGUUUCAGUUCUCCCUGGGCUGGACAGCUUUGGUCCACCGCUUCCUGGGUCCUGCCAACGCACAGACAGCCCUUAAACUGGUGGACCAAAACUUCCAGUUCACCCGGCCAGCGCUGCCCCUGGCCCGCACGCCCUCCUCGGGACCCUCCUCCACUGUUGCCCUGCCCAACCAGGAGAAUGCCAUCAUGACCCAGGAAGACCUGAUGGUGGCAAUGGCAACUCUCACCUCUCGCACCUCCAUGGGCGUUGUCGUCGUCGGAGGAGUGGUGUGGCGAACGCUGGGCUGGAGGCUGAUUGCCCUGUCAACAACACUCUACGGCUUGUUGUACCUGUAUGAGAGACUCACCUGGACUACUAAGGCCAAGGAGCGCUCGCUGAAGCGGCAGUUUGUGGACUACGCCACUGAGAAGCUGCAGCUCAUCGUCAGCUUCACCAGCGCAAACUGUAGCCACCAGGUCCAACAGGAGAUGGCGACGACCUUUGCUCGGCUCUGUCAGCAGGUGGACCGGACCCAGAAGGAGCUGGAGGCAGAAAUCAGCCAGCUGACAGCCAAGAUAGAGCAGCUGGAGACGGUCCAGAGCCGCUCCAAGACCCUACGACAUAAAGCCACAGACCUGGAGAAAAAGUUGGAGGCGUUCACAAACCAGUACCUACAGCCUCAGCAGUGAUCCAGCAGCCACUCCUCCUCACCUCUCCUCCGCUGGGCUCGGGUUGAGUCUGUGCUCCUCGCCGGGCCCGGUCCUCCUCACCUGAACUUCUCUUAUCUCCUUCGCCGCGGUUUUAACGUGGACAGAGAAAGAGACGAGACCCACCAGCCACAGCAUUGUGUCCAACUCCUCCUCUUCCUCUCCGCCUCCCAACCUGAUGUUUGUAAAGUAGAACUCAAACCAAGGGGCUGCAGUGAAGAAACUGCAGAGCAAAACUGCCUGUAAAACAAACACCAACAUGGACAUGUGGUGCAUGAAGACGCUCUGAAAGGCCGUGUUCAAAUCACAGUCAGCGUUAAGGCUCGUGGUUGGGUGCUACACACUGAUGUGUUAACUGUGAACAUGCCUUUUAGACUAACUUUUGAGAUUCAAACAAAGUUGGAGUGUGCAUAAGAGUGUAAAAGUAAGUACCUGUUCAGGCGUAAGGCCUGUAAGUUAGUGACAAAUUGUAGAAAUAUAUAUAUUUAAUAAAGAAAGCAAAAAAAUAGAUAUGUUUGUGAAUUAUCAGGAACUAGUUAAAUUCACUGCAAGGAAAAAAAAUAUUCAAAGGGAAGGUCUUUCUUUGCUUUGAGCUGUAUUCAUGUUCAACUUUGGAACAAUCCAUACCAUAUAGACAAAUAUUUUGAUAACUUCAUGUAUUUUAUAAUGUCCUCUGUCGUUUAUAGCAAUUGGACCUGACCUGAUAUGAGAAUUUCUGCAAUCUCGACUUUGUAAAACUGUCUUUUUUUCUUGAAUGUGAGUUGAAAUACCUCCUGAUUUCCCAAAUUGUAUUAAAUAUGUUACUAUUUAAAAUA